AUGGAGCCUGAUCAGAAAUAUUUUUCAUACACAAAAAUACGGUGUCCUGUAAACUUUCUAUUACUACUGUUUGAAGAAUACUAUUCAACUAAACAUUUGGCGUGUUAUCAGAGAAUGAGCCUUAACCAAACAAUGUAAUGUCCCAUUCCGGGUAACCAUGGUAACGCAGGUAUGUGUUGCCUUACUCUUCUCAGAAGAAAGACUGCUGGCUUGUGUAAAAAAUCUUGGAACUUAAAAAUGUCCGGAAAAUUACACAGUUUAUCGCGAAAACAAGAAAAAAGAAAGCCAGCGGUUAGUAGUGUUUCGUGCGAGGACAAUAAGCGGUUUUUAGCGUCUCUGGACGAGUUUAUCGAGCAUGAGAAGCAGUACCUGGGAUGUCCAGCAGAGGGCCCCCACGAGCUGCGGUACAUGGUCUACCGAGCCGCUUUCAACGAGGUGAUUGGCCGAGCCCCCUCCUGCAGGCGAGUCCUGCUGCUCAUCAAGGCGGAGUACGACCACGCCAUCCAGGAGCUGAAGAGGAGGGAGGAUGACGCCAGAGCGACCCGCCGCAGAGAGGCGGCGGCGGCGACCCACGCUCGGUCCCUGGAGAUCUGUGAGACUCGAGCCGCUCAGCUGAGAGACAGGAUCUCCGUCCUUCAGACAGAAACAGCAGAACUUCAGGAGAGCAGCAGACGGACGUUCUGGGGGGAUUUGGGGUCGUGGGUGUCAGGUUUGCCAGCAGCUCGUCCUGAGGAUCUGGACCGGUACCUGCAGGACCUGCAGACCCGCAGAACCGCUCUGCUGGACAGGAAGAGUCUGAGUGUUCCUCUGGAGGUCCACAGCAGGCUGGAGGCGGAGCUGCAGGAAGUCCAGCGGCGCCGAGACCGCCUGAGAGCCGACAACGUCCGGCUGAGGCUGCUACACGAGCGGCUGACGUUUGUGAGCGAUGGUUUCAGGCGCUGGACGGACGGCGGUCAGGCGGUUCCUCUGGAGGAACUUUUAGCUUCCACGAUGAAGAGCAUCAGCUCAGAACUCCUUCAUGCCGCAGAUGCAGACGGCUGCAGCGCCGCCGCCGCCCUGCAGGAGGACAGGCGGCAGACAGACGAUCACCUGCUCAGGUUCCUCCAGCUCUUCGGUUCGGGUCGGUACCGAGAGGCAGCUCUCCACGCGGCCAGAACUCCAGGAGGAAUCCUGAGGAACCCGGACGUCAUGGAGAUGUUUGCAGGUGUGAGGGCCCCCGCAGGCGUGGCCCCCCCUCUCCUCCUGUUCUUUCAGGCCCUGCUGGUCACCACGGCAACGGGUCACAGGAUGUCGACCGCUCUGUCGCUGCAGGGCGUCCGCUGUGCCCUGCAGCACGGCAGGCUGCAGCUCGCCGUGCACGCCGUCACCCAGGACAAAGUCUCAUUCACCGAGGAUCUGGGUGAUGUGCUGUCUGAGCACGCUCAGAAGGACGUGGGCGGGGCCGACCUGUGUCUGGCGUUAGCUACCGUCGUUUAUGAGGCCUGUGGGCGGACCAGGAAGGCCGCAGUGAGCAUGUGCAGGAGAGGCCUGGUCCACAACGCCGCUGAGCUCCUGCGGCGGAGCGCGGACCUGACAGCAGAGGACUACAUGUGGGUCCUGCGUCGCUCGCCCAGCCUCCCUCUCUUCCAGGUGUUGUCGGACCAUUCACGGGGCUGCUCCGCCAUCUUGCCAGUGGGCGUGGCUUGCAGAGCUCUGCUGGCGGACCCGGAUCAUCAGCAGGUGGCCCUGCAGCUUCUGGAUGGGUUCCUCAGUGCAGAGGUUCUGGAGAGCGUGGUUCUGCAGGACUCCGGCUCUACCGUGGACGUCUGGGACACGGUGGCGUCUCUGUGUUCUGGACUGGGACGGGCUGACCUGAGCCGGGCUGUGAGGGCCGUCCUGCUGGACCAGGAGGGGACCAGAGUCCUGAGUCCAGACCCGGAAGGAGCCCGGCUCACGCAGCACAUCUUCAUGUGAGAAGCUGACGGAAGGAAAACCUGCAGCUGGAACUCUUUUAAAACAUUUCAUGUCGUCAUGAGAACCAUCGUUUCAUCAGCUACAAUAAAACACAUCAUAGUAAUAAUGA